CCAGCACCUCCUCUCCUCAUCCUCCAAAGCCUCUAAUGUGGCAGCAGUCAGGUCUCUUUCCAAGUCACAAGGCCAUUGUCAUCGCACACUGACACCAUGCUGGGGACCCUCUGCACUCUCAUCACUGCUCUCACAUGUGUGAGUGGUGUGACGCUGGUGACACAGAAGCCUGUUGUAGCCGUGAUGAGAGGACAGACAGUCUCCAUAGACUGUAACCUCGGGACUGUUACUAACCGUGCUGCUUGGUGGUAUAAACAGAUUCCAGGAGGAGUUCCUCAGUUUGUUUUAUAUUUUCAUCACAGCCACAGCUCUCCAACAUAUGGCACUGGUUUCUCACCUCCAAAGUUCACAUCUACUCAUCAGUCAACUACAGAUUAUCGUUUGACCAUGAAGGACAUUGAGGAGCGAGACUCAGCCGUCUAUUACUGUAACACAUGGGACAGCUCUGUUAAAGAGGAGGUAUCACAGUGGGUAUUCGGACAAGGAACCAAGCUGAUGGUGACAAGCUCCAGCCUCCCUGCUCCCGUCCUCACGGUCUUUCCUCCGUCCAGUGCUGAGCUGCAGUCCAACAAAGCCUCUUUGGUCUGUCUGUCCAGUCAGUCUGGGCCUUUUGCAGAUGUGACCUGGAUGUGUGGAGGGAGUCCAGUGGUCAGUGGGAUCUCUACCAGCACCGCUGUUAAGCAACCUGAUCACACUUUCCACAUCAGCAGCUAUCUGGCCAUCCAGGCGUCAGACUGGAACCUGGAUAAGGUUUACACAUGUAAAGUGUCUUUGGGCUCCCAGACUGCACAGAAAAGCAUCAAGAAGUCUGAGUGCCUCACUGAAAUACAGUAGAGGAGCACGAGGACCAUUUAACAUCUGCUUCUUCCCUCUUUGUGCUGUUUGUUCAUCACAAGCGUUACGUGUUAGAACAUGUGUCUGCACGCUUGUAACACAUGUUGUUGACACUUAGGUAGAGGUGUUGUAUCCACUUUGCAAACGCAAAAUGUAGUAAAACCUCUGGAAUAAAAAGCAUCUUGUAAAACAAUACAUUUCUUGUCUCUUCAUCACUGACAGGUCAAGAAAAAGCACAUUUGUAGAUCACUUUGUGUCUCACUUCAAGUUGUUAAGAAGCUAAAUUAAGUAAGUUAAGUAAUGAAGUAAAUUACGUUAUCUACUUUUGUUGCUUUAAAGCUACUAUAUUUAAUAAUCUGGUUGCAGUCUUUUAAUCAAAUAAAAUGGGCAAAUGAAACCAAGUUGUCAUCCUCUUUUAGUGCAGCAUUCACCUCUCUAUUUAUCCCUCUCUUCACUUCAAAAAGCAGAAGUAGUCAGUGAAGAGGUUUUUGUCACAGUGUAAAUCACU